AUGCUUGGCAAUUAAUAAAGUUUUUAGCCAAUACAGGUACAACCAUUCUAGUAUUACAAUCCUAUCCAAAUUUAAAAACCAGUUCAAUAUCAAGAAUAGUUCUAGUUUCAGCAGCAACCCCCUCAAUAUAUCUAAUUUCAAAGCUCAAAUUUUACUACCAACAAUUAAGGACUAAACGGAUUAAGCUUGAAUUAGAUAAGCACUCCUAUGAUUUAUAAUUAAGCUCCAAUAAUCAACCAGCAAACUCAAAAUCCAUAAAGCUAAUUUAAUGCUCAACCCCAACUCAUAAUAUUAAAUCAAUACCCAUACCCAGUUUAUACUUGCAAUUUACCUACCUAUGAUAAAAUCAGUUCUUAGAAUAAAUUAGAUGAGAUCAAUCAGUAAAAUAAUGCAGGGACUUAUUAGAUCUCAUGUCAAAAUACUAAUUUGCAAACAUAACCCUAAAGAACCCAAUCUACUGGUGAUUGCAAUGCCUCGAAUGAGGAGACUAUUGAUGAUGGAAUCAAAAGAAAACUGGGAUUACCUCUUUCAACUUAAAUUCGUGUAUAGGAAGGAAUAGAUUUAGAACUUAAUAGUGUUUAGUAAAUUCAUGUACCUGCAAUAAAAACAUUCAAGUAUGUCAAAUAUUACAAAGAAUCAAAUAAGAGAUGGCUAUAAGUAUUUAUUUGCGAAUAUAAUUAAUGCUCUAAGACUUUCAAUAAGUGGCACAAUCUAUUUGAUCAUCUGAGGUCACAUAUAAACGAAAGACCUUAUAUUUGCCCAGUAGACAAAUGUAGCUAGCCUUUCACUCAAAAAAGCAAUUUAAAUAAGCAUAUGAAAACCCAUAAAAACAAAUAUUACCUAAAAUGUUCAGAAUGCAAGGAACAUUGGGCUAAAUCUAGAAUACUUGAGCAUUUUAAGGUGCACAAAAAUUCAUGA